AUGCAGUCAGCCACACGUUGUAACAACAAGCGUACACGUGAAAUUUCUAAACAAACUACCGGCCCAUCUACUUCUAGAAAUGUUGCUUAUACCGGUGAACAAUCACGUCGUCAAGCCUCUCGACGUGCAUCUAUCUUAAAUAACAACUUCAGGGUCAGUUCAUCUGAACAAGAAAGUUCCUCAUCAAAUCCCUUGGGCCUCAAUGUAGGCUUACACUCUCAGUCUACAGACCAAUAUCUUCUUUCUCCUGAAUAUAUUGAUAUUGGAGACUGCACAAAUGUUUGUCAAUAUUGUGGAGCUUUGUUUUGGUUUGACAAGCGAGCUUUGUCUACACCUUCUGGGCAGUGCCCCGUAUACAUAGUUUGUUGUAAACGUGGAGCUGUGUCAACUCAGUUUCCAGUAGACCCACCUGAUACAAUACGCCGUUUGUUUCAAGACAACCAUUUUAUGAACAAUAUACGUGCAUAUAACUCCAUGUUUUCAAUGACUUCAUUUGGAGCAAAAGUAGAUGAGUCAGUCAAUCAAGGAAAUGGGCCAUACGUGUUUAAAGUUACAGGCCAGAUUUCUCAUUGGCUAGGUUCCCUUUGUCCUCUACCUGGUGAACGUCCUAGGUUACUGCAGAUGUAUAUUUUUGGUUCCGAGAAUGAAGUAUCAAAUCGUCUCAGUGCUUUUUCACUACAUCACGCCAUGAGCUAUCUCCUGAGGCUUCAUGACUAUGAUAGGCUGAAGAACUACGGCCUUCCCACUCCUGGAACCUUAGGUGCAAUAGUUACCGACGAAGGUUCAGCUUCUGAAGAUUUUGAUAUUGUUGUGCGUAGCAAAGAUAACACACCCCAUAGAGUUAGCAAACUACAUCCUGCAUACAUGCCAUUACAAUAUCCACUUCUAUUCCCACAUGCUGAACAGGGCUGGUCACCAACACUUCGACUUGCUGAUACAUUAGAAACGUCUAACCGCAACUUGACAAUGAACAUGUUGUACCAACAGUAUUUAGUUGACGCUUACGUUUCUAUAGAACAUGAACGAUUGGACUACGUUCGACGCAACCAGAAUGAUCUUCGUUGCGAAUUCUUACAAGGGGUGUAUGAUGCUUUAUCUACGGGAGAUGUUGAAGGUCGUGAAAUUGGAAAGCGGGUUAUUCUUCCAGCGUCAUUUACUGGUGGCCCGAGAUACAUGUAUCAACACUAUCAGGACGCACUAGCUAUAUGUAGAGUUCACAAAAACCCUCAGUACUUUAUUACAUUCACAUGCAAUGUCAAAUGGCGAGAGAUUCAGCGUAAACUUUCAAAAACCAAUGCAACACCCCUGGAUAGACCAAAUAUUGUCGUUCGGGUCUUCCAGUUGAAAGUGAAGUCUUUUAUGAACUACUUAAAGACUUCCCAACUUUUUGGCGCCGUUACCGCAGAGGUUUAUACUAUAGAAUUUCAAAAACGUGGCCUGCCACAUUGCCACAUACUUUUGUGGGUCUCAUCAGAAUAUAUUAUUCGAGAUGCAACAGAUUUGGAUAAGUACAUAUGUGCGGAGUUGCCAAAUCAAUCUAUAGACCCUGUUCUCUAUAGAAUUGUAACAGAUAGUAUGUUACACGGACCUUGCGGUUUAGCCAAAACGAAUGCUUCAUGCAUGUUUGAAGGUCAUUGCUCAAAGUCAUUCCCGAAGCCUUAUGAAUCUGUUACACGAUUCGAUUCUCAUGGUUAUGUUCAUUACAAAAGACGACGUACAGGUGAUCACUUCAUCAAAGCAGGUAUUCCCUUAGACAAUGGUUUCGUUGUCCCUUACAAUGAAGACCUUUGUAGACACUUCGAUGCACACAUUAACGUUGAGUAUUGCGGAUGGAGCAUGCUUAUUAAAUACCUGUUCAAAUAUAUCUCAAAAGGAGUUAAUCGAGUUAAAUAUCAAAUUUCCAGCCACUCAGCUUCUACUUCAUCAGAAAAUCCUGAACGGUCUUCUAAUGUAGUCAAUGAAAUUGAUAACUUUCUGGAUGGUCGUUUCGUUUGUCCUCAUGAGGCAGUAUGGCGCAUUCUCAACUUCCCUAUUCAUCAUAGACAUCCACCUGUUCAGAUACUUGUUGUACAUCUAGAAGGAAAGCAAACAGUAAGCUUUAGAGCUUCACAGAAGCUUUCUAACGUGGUCAGAAAUCCAGCUCUCGCACGCACUACAUUAACUGAAUGGCUAGCAAAUAAUCGGCGCGAACUAGCCUCUAACAUUCCUCGCGAACAGACCGGCUUGGAUUUGAAGUACACACAAUACCCAUCUCAAUACACCUGGCAUGGGAACACAAAAAGUUGGAUUCGUAGAGCUACAAAUAGAGUUGCCAGUGUUAGUCGGCUGGUCUACGUCUACCCAACCUGUGGUAACCUCUUCUAUCUUAGAUUACUUCUAACUCAUCAAGUAGGAUGCACUUCCUUUGAAGAUAUACGUACUGUCGCAGGCGUCACAUAUGACAGUUACCGUCUAGCCUGUGAAAAAUUGGGCCUCAUUGGAGACGAUCGAGAAUGGUCACAAACACUCUCAGAGGCAUCUAAUUGGGCAACUUCACCUGAGCUCAGGUCUUUGUUCAUUCAUAUGUUGCUGUUCUGUGAAAUCUCAAAUCCUUUAGCUUUAUGGACCGACCAUUGGCAAAACAUGGGAGAAGACAUUAUUUAUCAACUAUCUCAUGUUUCAUCUGCAUCUUCUUCUAUAGCUUUGAGUUGCGACAUACGUGAAUACAUUCUUUACGAGCUCGAACUCUUACUGAAAUCCAACUCUGAAUCAAACUCUCUGUCAGAUUUUGGACUACCUUUGCCAACAAAGUCAUCGCUUUCACCGUUAACAAAUCGUCUUCUACUUGAAGAAAAAACAUACGACAGAGAGGCAUUGUGCAUCGAACACACAACUCUUCAUUCUGCAUUAAACUCGGAACAAUUACACAUCUACAACCACGUUUGCAAUAACCUUAACAAUUCUUCACAGAUACUUCUCUUCAUAUACGGCCAUGGGGGCUCGGGGAAAACAUUUCUUUGGAAAACAAUAAUUUCAGCUCUGAGAUCUACAGGAAAAAUUGUCCUGGCUGUGGCUGCCUCUGGAAUCGCGUCAUUACUACUGCCAGGAGGCAGAACAGCCCAUUCAAGAUUCAAGAUACCUUUGGACUUAACUGAAGAAUCCACCUGCCACAUAAAAAAAACACUCAACUUUCGAAACUUCUUUUAG